AUGAAGCUCUCAACUCCCCUAUACACAAUCGUUCCACUCGUGUCCGCCGCCGCUGCACAAGGCGCCGCGUACGCACAGUGUGGCGGUACGGGGUGGACUGGCUCUACAACUUGUGCGUCGGGUUAUGUGUGUACAUACGGGAAUGCGUAUUACUCGCAAUGCUUGCCUGGAACUGCAACUUUAACAACAGUUACAAGUGCAACAACCAGUGCAGGCGCAACACCAAGUUCGGCGGGAAAGACAAAGUAUAUUGGUACCAACAUCGCCGGAUUCGACUUCGGCUGCACAACAGAUGGUACAUGUCUAACCAACAAAAUCUUGCCAGCUCUCAAAAGCCUCAACAAUGGCCCCGAUGGCCUAGGUCAAAUGACCCACUUCGUCUCCAAAACUGGUCAUAAUAUUUUCCGUCUCCCCGUUGGCUGGCAAUACCUUGUGAACAACAAUCUCGGGGGAACACUCGACAGCUCCAAUCUUGCGACCUAUGAUCAGCUGGUCCAGGGAUGCUUGGCAACGGGUGCUACCUGCGUAAUUGAUAUCCAUAACUAUGCGAGGUGGAAUGGAGGCAUCAUUGGACAGGGAGGACCAACGGAUGCGCAGUUCGUGAGUCUGUGGACUCAAUUGGCGGCGAAGUAUAAGUCAAAUACUAAGAUCGUUUUUGGAUUGAUGAACGAACCACAUGAUUUGAAUAGUAUAACCACCUGGGCAGCAACGCUUCAAAAAGUUGUUACUGCUAUUCGUCAAGCGGGCGCAACAUCUAACAUGCUUCUACUCCCUGGUACUGACUACACAUCCGCAGGCGCUUUCAUCACCAACGGUAGCGGCGCCGCCCUCUCCAAAAUUACCAAUCCUGAUGGCACUUUCACCAAUCUGAUCUUCGACGUACACAAAUAUCUCGACUCCGAUAAUUCUGGAACCCACACCGAGUGCGUAACCAACAAUAUCGAUACUGCAUUUGCACCACUAGCAACUUGGCUACGGGCAAAUAAGAGACAAGCUAUAUUGAGCGAGACAGGCGGUGGAAAUACCGCAAGUUGUCAGAAGUACUUGUGUCAAGAAGUUGAUUAUUUGAAUGCGAACUCGGAUGUCUAUUUGGGAUAUAUUGGAUGGUCUGCUGGAAGCUUCGAUUCAACUUACGAAUUGGUAGAAACGCCAAUUGGAAGUGGAUCUUCUAUGACUGACCAAGCGCUCGUCGCGGCUUGUCUUACUCGAAAAUAG